AUGGAAAUAUCGCGAGCUCGAUCAAGCACCGUUUGUAUUCUUCUGUUACUCUCACUGAGCUUAAUUCCCUCUGCUUUCUCUAAAUCGCCUCGUCCCAUAUCCGAUGUGGAGAUUAGGGAGAAGAAGAACCAAUGCUAUUCUGAUAUAGAGAGUGGGUUAUGGGGUUGGCAAUGCAAAGCUUCUGCCAUAGCAAAAGAGAAUUGUGCGUUGCGAUGUCUUUCUCCGGUUUGCUACGAGCUUAUCUAUGAGAGUGAUCCCCUUGAAGAAGGUGAGAAAGAUUUGAUUAGGAGCCAAGAAUACAAAUAUUGUAUGUACAAGUCUUCGCUCGGCGAGAGCCUAGAUGGUGUUCGUGGCAGCUUCUUAUAG